UAAUGGCUUCUCUCGGAAGCAGCAAUGUCCCCGGUGGAUGCAGCCGCCAGGUUUCCUUCACCACCGCCUUCAGAUACGGAAGUUUUUCGAUGUCAGUUUCUGAGACUUUUCCUUUGUUCCCAACGCUGUUUCUUAGUUCUUCCUGUGCUUUCUUCAUCACUCGUGGGUUCUUUGCCAGCUCCGCCAUGGCCCAAGCCAUGCUUACGGCAGAGGUAUCGGAUCCGCCAAGAAAUAUGUUCUGAUCAGUGACAGAUCCAAAGGUGGUUAUUUUGAAAAUUUCAGAAUAAAUACUCUUCUUAUAA